GAGAGCGAUCACAGCCAUCUCCUCUCUCCUUCCUCCUCUUCCUUUCCCAGCUUCCCUCUCUCCCAGCGCACACGCUCACACUCCUUUCCUCUGAUGCCGACUGGAUGCAGACCGGGGGAUUUCCAGCAGCUUCCUGAGUCUGUCCUCCCUCUCCUCCCUCCCCUCCUCCUCCUCCUCCUUCUCCUCCACCUCCUCCAACCUCCUCAUCUUCCUCCUUCAACACCCGGAGCUUCUCCUUUUUUCUGUUGCUCCUCAUCACCAGGAUGUGGCACUCGGUGGCUCUGCUCCUCUCUGGAUUCUCUGCUUUGAUCCACGUGUCGCUGCAGGGUCCUCACCAGAGGAACCUGUUGAAAAACCUCCUGAAGGACUACAACCGGAUGGAGCGGCCGGUGGGCAACGACUCCCACCCUCUCACCGUCAUCUUCUCCCUCAGUUUGAUACAGAUCAUGGACGUGGAUGAGAAGAACCAGGUGCUCACCACUAACAUAUGGCUACGGAUGAGUUGGUACGACCACUAUCUCCAGUGGAACCAGAGUGAACAUCCCGGAGUGAAAAACCUCCGCUUCACCACAGAUCAAAUCUGGACGCCGGACAUCCUCCUCUACAACAGUGCAGAUGACGACUUUGACUCCACCUUUAAGACCAAUGUUCUGGUGAACUCCAGCGGCUACGCCGAGUACCUCCCUCCAGGAAUCUUUAUGAGCACAUGCAACGUGGACGUUCGCUGGUUCCCUUUCGACAUCCAGAGGUGCGAGCUGAAGUUCGGCUCUUGGACGUAUGACGGUUGGCUGCUGGACCUCCAGAUGAAUGAUGCUGACAUCUCAGGCUACAUGCCCAAUGGAGAGUGGGACCUAAUUGGAGUUCCCGGCACUAGAAACGAGGCCUUCUAUGAUUGCUGUAAGGAGCCUUACCCGGAUGUCACGUUCGUUGUGACAAUACGGAGGCGGACACUCUACUAUGCCCUGAACCUGCUCAUCCCCUGUGUGCUGCUGUCUUCGAUGACCCUUCUCAUCUUUGUGUUACCGGCUGACUCUGGGGAGAAAAUCUCGCUGGGUAUCACCGUCUUGCUGUCUCUGACUGUGUUCAUGUUGCUGGUUGCAGAGAUCAUGCCAGCCACAUCUGACUCCGUCCCUCUCAUAGGUCAAUACUUUGCCAGUAUAAUGAUCAUCGUGGGGAUGUCAGUCAUCGCCACAGUGGUGGUGCUGCAGUAUCAUCAUCACGAUCCAAACGGAGGGAACAUGCCCAAAUGGGUUCAGCUCGUCUUGCUGCAGUGGGUUGCGUGGUUUUUGCGUAUGAAGCGUCCAGGAGAGAAUGACGAUCCAGAGAGGCCCCCGUGUGCCCCUCACUUGCGACGCUGCUCCUCUGGCUCCCAGAGCGGGAGCAUCCCGAAUCCUCAAGACCCCACCCUCCAUCCGCUGCACCCGCAAAACCUGGCUCCUCUCCAAACAGGGCCUCUCCAUGCGGGGCACCCUCACCUUCACGCCCAGUCCAGCGCUAACAACAAUGGGAACCUUCUUUACAUGGGUUUCCAGAGCAUGGAGGACCCUUCGAUGCUCUCAGAGCCUGUCCAGAGGAAUAACAUCUCAGCAGGGCCUCCACGAGUAGCAGGAAGCCCACCUCCGCACCUGCCAUCUCAGUUCUGCAGCUCCCCACCACCUCCUACCCCUAAUAUGGAUACAGGCUGCCCCAGCACUGUCUCCAGUGGUGGGGGCUUUGGAGUUGGAACUGGAGGGCUUGGAGGGUGCUCGACCGCAGGGAUAGGAGACCCUCAGCUACAGGCUAUCCUGGAGGAAGUGCGUUAUAUGGCAGACCGUUUUCGGGAGCAGGACGAGGCCGAGAGCAUGUCCGACCAGUGGAAAUUUGCAGGCGCUGUAAUCGACCGCCUGUGUUUGGUGGCGUUCAGCGUUUUCAACAUUAUAUGCACCAUCUCCAUCCUCAUGUCUGCGCCUAACUUUGUGGAGGCUAUUUCAAAGGACUUCGUUUGAAAGGAAAAAGGAGAAGAAGCGUGAAGGAAGGGAUGGGGGAAUUAAAUUUAGGAUGAAGGAUGGUGUGGGCCUGGAUCCAAGGAAACACAAUUUCCAGCAGACUGUGGGCUCUGUGAUUUGUGAUUGCGAGAAACUUGGAAAUAGAAAAAAAAACAAAAAAACAAAUGGUUUUCUUUGGAAUACAUUGUGUUUUGUAACCGAAAUAUAAGAAGAAAACAGAUGAGGAAGGGUACAGAGGGUGAACUUAAAAUGAGAUUAGGUUGAGCAGGGUGCUUUAUCAGAUUCUUGACAAGGUGAAAUGGAUUCUUGUGGUUAAUUCAAAGACUCUCCCCCCCAAAUCAGGAGAAAACUGAGUCAGAAAAGGAAAAAGAAAGAAACGAUUAUCAGUCCAAUGCAACCUCAAGUAAGAAAACUCUUAAAGGCAAAGGGUGAUUGAGAGAGUCAGAGUGGAAAAGAGACAGGCAUUAGGUAGGGACAGAUAAAUAAGACAGACAUUUGGCUGUUUUAUUUUCUCAAGGAGGGAAUACAGUCCUUCACUCCCACUUGUUGAGAAAAGACUGCAUCAUUUAUAUUGAUGUGAGGAGGAGAAGGUUGGGGUAAAAGAAAAAGACUUUUACAAGGACCGACAACAAAGAGUGAUCUUGAAGGAACAAGAAUUUAGCGGAGUUAGGCGGAUGAGGCAGCCUGAUGCUCAGAUAUACAAAACUGGACUGAAGAUCAGGAACGCUGCAGCAGAGAGCAACAGAAGAGGAUCUCAUCUAUUAUUCAAUCACAACCAUCUAAUGACCGUCAAAUUGAAAGACCUUGGAUAAUCUUUAAGACUAAUAACCUUUUAAAAGAUGAAGUCCCCUCUCUGCUUGCACACCACUUUAAAUUUCCAAGGCCUUAUCUCUCUGAGACGAUUGCCAAUCUGCAACAAUCAGCAGAGAUCAAAAGCUCCCCAGCAAGCGGGCACAGUGUGCAGUGCUUAUUACGACCGGGAAACGGAAUUAACCGGUCAUCAACAACGCGAUGGCCAGUAGCUGCACGGUGGUGGAGGCUCGACCCAAUAAUAACUCAUGAAGCAGUUGUCUAACUGUAUCUGGCAGGUCCUAAUAGGCCAACAUAUCACAUUGGAUUUCAUGCUAAAUGUUUGAAAAACUGAAAUGGGAGGUCAGGUCUUUAAAAGAGGCACAAAAAAUAGAUACGACCGUUCAAAGUUACAAAAUUUAUACGGAGAAGCAACAUCCUAUCAAAUUCCUGUCAGAUCCCUUCGGGGGGGGUUUACGGCUUCAUGAGUGAUUUUCACAUCUAUCGAAAAUGGGAGAUGGGAUUUUGAUAGAGAUAUAUGUUCAUGAAAUUGACUUUAGUUGCUAAAGUGGUGAUUUAAAUGGGUUGGAUUUGAAGUAUGACCUUCAGCCAGAAAGCAUAUGGAGAGAGUGGUAACCAAUAAGGUCUUAAAUUAGUUUGGGUUUGAGGGAAUUGAACUUUUUCUUCCACUUCACCGAGUCAGACAAACAUAAUUGACUUUCUCGUGUCUCGUCGCAGUUUGAAUGUAUGCUGAAGGCAAGGUUAGCCUAGCUCGAUUCAUGAAUGUCUAUGGGUUCAGAUGUUCCGAGGAUGGCUGUCUGACCAGAGCAAAGUACAAGUUGUACUACACAUAAGCACUUAACAAUUAACAGAGAAAUUAGAUCAAGCGUCCAAUCUACUUUUUUUGUAUGUAGCUGUGUCCAAAAACAUUUCUGUUUACUGCUUAUGCUCUAUAGUAUAGUGUACUAGACAAUGUUAAAUCUGUAUGGUUCUCUCAAAUAGGACCAGUGGAAAGUCACAUUUUACAUGUGGAAAUGACGCUAUAGCUAUCAGUGAUGAUUUAUAAUCUUACUUUCACUGCUCUCUAUAGAGUAAACCGCUGAGCGUCUGUUACAUAGGGUAUAGUGAAAGAGUUAAUGAGCGAGUGAUGUUGGACAUGGCCCAGGAAGAGAAGGAUGAGUCAUUCAGACUCGCUAGAAGCACCAGAGCAGCAACAAGCUGUAAGCGUACCUCCAACAACUCAGAUCAGUUGCAGGUAAUUGCUGAGUCUCCCAGUGAUUCACACAUUCCCAGAUGGUGUCACAUUGUCUUAAGUAUUACUUUCCAUAUGGAUAUGGGUAUGAUGCACAGCCGCUGAUAAUAAAUAUAGAAAUGUCAGAAAAAAUUGUUCUGACUGUGGGAUUUUUCUGUAUUUGUGAAAAUUGUGGUAGUAGUUGCUUUUUGUGACCCUAGUUCUUUUUGUCAGAAGUGGUGAAAACAAAUGUUUUUGCUUCAAACCGUGGAUAAAGUGUACUUCCCUGGGUUUGAGUGGCUGAUACCCGUGAGUUGAGCAAAGUAAACUAAGCUCACUAUUUAAACAUACAUUCAAACUGUAAACAAGGCAUAAAGAAGUCAUCUCGCAGAUUGUCUGACUGUAGCAGGAGGCUGGAGUUACUCUAUAUAUUUUUUUUACAUUGUCAACAAAUCUCAUGGAGAAAACUAACCUGUCUGUCAAAACGUUUCUACACUGCCUGUGGCACAAAGCUCCAUGCCCAAUUGUUCCAAAUGAAAACAUAAUCCUUAAUAAAACGGGUCAGCUGGGCACUGCAGUUAGUAGAAAACAGUAAACAGUGCUUCACUGGGGACUAUUUUCAGCUGUGGAAUAAUACACAUUAGCAGGAGAGUAUGUAGGAUAAAUAAAUAAAUUACAGAGCCCAUUUUUGUUGUGAUGAAGGAACAUAUCACCCAUGUGUUUUAAGUUUUAAAACAAUGGCGUUCUAUCAGACAUUGUCUACACAGCAGUAUUUGAUAUUAAGAUAAAUGUGUGAUUUCAUGACAAUUGAUGACAAUAAGAAAAAAAUCUAGAAUAUUGGCUGCUUCAUCCUUUAAGAAAACCAUCCAAAUGUUUGCUUUUAACACAAGGAUCAAGUAGAUGCUAUAUUUUGGACCUACACUGUCUCUAAUGACUGUACACAUGCAUCCUGUCACUGUGAAGUGCUCUACAGAGUGAAGACAGUUGUACAAAUACUUUGUCUCUAUACCUCUCUUCAUCUUCUGUGUUCUCCCUAAAGUCAAAUCCCCUAGCAGGGGGGGAAGUAAACUUCCUGCCAGGGGAGUGGUUCACAGAAGGAUGUCCUCCUUCCAGCACAUACUGACAACUAAACACUCACAUCUGUACAGAGCAUUUCUCUUCCUGAAAAUAAAGGAUUCUCCCCCCGUUUUUUUCUACCACCUUUGCUGGUCUGCUCCCUAUAUCUCUGUGUCGACAGUGGCUGGCCCAACACCCAAAAAAAGAAGAGAAAAAUGACAGAGCGAGGGGAUAAGAGGAGGAGAGAAAGUGCUGACUAGUAGUGAGAGCUGGA